CUUAGUUGUGAAUCGAGAUGCACCUCCCACGUUAUCAACGAGUCAAGUCAACCACGCGGCCGCACUCGCUAGCUCCAGGUACCCCACGUUUGCGCAGGGGCCCACAUAGCUUAAUUUCGAUCUUUCCGUGAUAAGGGAUUGAGAUAAGGAUGGUCCUGAAGUCUGACGACAUCACGCGAAAUAUCGAUUUUUGGUUGAUGAACCUAAUGCAUUCAUGGCGGAUAGUAGUGUUAGAUGUGUUGGAAAUGGGGAGGUGAAGACGCAGAUGAUUGAGGAUGAGAUUGCCGAGCUGAAGCGGAAACUGGAAGAUGCGGAGGAGAGGUUGAGCGCUGUCACGGACGCAACUUCUCGCGGUGUCCCAUCCCAACCCAGCGUCUUCAACAAUGUCUACAACCCCCCAACCUCCUCCCACUUCCUCCUCCUCCUCGCCGACUCCGCCCUCCCCCUCGGCUCCUUCGCCUUCAGCUCUGGCCUCGAAUCCUACAUCUCCCACACCCGGCCUCCCUCCUUCCCCACCUUCCUCUCCCUCUCUCUCUCCUCCCACGCCUCGGCAACCCUCCCCUUCGUCCUAGCAGGCCACCGACACCCAGAGCGACUCUUGGAGCUCGACGACGCGCUGGAUGCCGCGAUUAUGUGUACCGUUGGCCGACGCGCGAGUGUAGCGCAGGGGAGGGCACUGUUGAGUAUUUGGGAUCGCGCGUUUAGCGGUGCGGUUCCUCUGUCCACUGAUGCGGAAGAGGGGACCUUGAAAGUCCUCAAGAAUUUCUCAGCCCUCCUCAAGUCCGCAAACGCAAGCACAGAUGACCUCCCCCCCGCCUCCGCACACCUCGCCCCCCUCUUCGGCGUCAUCGCGCGGAUCACGGGCGUAGGGGAGGAGGAGAUGGCAUAUGUAUACAUGCUCUCGCACGUUAAAGCGCUGUUGUCUGCGGCGGUGAGGGCGAGUGUGUUUGGGCCGUACCAGGCGCAGAAGUUGUUGGCGAGCCGGGAGGUGCAGAGGGGGAUUGAGGGGGUGAUUAGGGGGAAUUGGGGGAGGAGGGUGGAGGAUGCGGGGCAGACGGUGCCGGUGGUGGAUUUGUGGAUUGGGAGGCAUGAGUUGUUGUAUUCGAGGAUUUUUAAUAGUUAG